AUGCAAGACGACGGCUUCGAGGCUCUACUGGAGCCGUUCUACAACGGAAAGAAGCUCACAGAUCCCAUCUCCACCAAGGAAGACAAAUUCCAGCUUCUGCCCGCCUUCCUCAAGGUCAAGGGUCUCGUCAAGCAGCACAUUGACUCGUACAACUUCUUCGUCGAAAACGAAAUCAAAGAGAUUGUUCGGGCCAACCGCAUCAUUCGCAGCGAUGUUAACAGCUCCUUCUGGCUUGAGUUCACUGAUAUCAGGGUUGAGAAGCCCAGUCGUGUCGACUUCAACGACAUCAGAGCACAGAAUGAGGUUACACCAAUGGAAUGUCGCCUGCGCGACAUGACAUACGCCGCUCCCAUCAUGGUUGACAUCGCCUACAUUCGCGAUAAGUCCAAGAUUGUGCGCAAGAACGUUCCCCUAGGCCGCUUGCCUGUCAUGUUGAAGAGUUCCAUAUGCCGCCUCGGCGGUGCUACCAACGCAGAGAUGUCUCGCAUGAACGAAUGCCCUCUUGAUCCCGGUGGCUACUUCAUUAUCAAUGGAACGGAGAAGGUCAUUCUUAUUCAGGAGCAGCUCAGCAAGAACAGAGUCAUCGUCGAAGCCGACGAGAAGAACAACGUCAUCACCGCCUCCGUCACCAGUUCUACUCACGAGCGCAAGUCUAAGACGUACGUCACGCUGAAGAAGGACCGCAUCCUUCUGACUGCCAACAUUUUGGUAGAAGGUAUCCCAAUCGUCAUCAUCCUGAAGGCUUUAGGAGGUCUCUCCGACUAUGAGAUUAUGCAGCUUGUCGCCGGAGACAAUGGCAAGUACCAAGACGAAUUUCUUGUACAGUUUGAAGAGGCGACCAAGGUUGGAGUCUACACUCAGCAGCAAGCUCUCGAGUACAUCGGCGCGAGGGUGAAGAUGGGCAAGAGCAGAGUGCCGUUCUCUGCGCAAGUCCGACGAAACCACGUCGAGGAGGCUCUCGACGCUCUGGCGAACCUCAUCAUCGCCCACGUUCCCAUCGAGGGGCUGGACUUCUACCCCAAGGCAGUGUACGUCGCAUUCAUGACGCGACGUGUUCUCAUGGCGCAGAGCAACCUCAGCCUCGUUGACGACCGAGACUUCGUUGGAAACAAGCGACUUGAGUUGGCUGGUCAACUGCUAUCUUUGCUAUUUGAAGAUUUGUUCAAGCAAUUCUGCGGAAACGUCAAGAGCAGCAUCGACAAGGUCCUCAAGAAGGACAAUCGAGCUGUUCCGCUCGACGCCGUCAACAUGAUUAGCAACCAUGCCAACAUGAUUGGCCAGGGCAUCAACCGCGCCAUCCAAACGGGCAACUGGACUGUCAAGCGUUUCAACAUGAACCGAGCUGGAGUCACCCAUGUACUCAGUCGUCUCAGCUACAUCAGCGCACUUGGUAUGAUGACUCGUAUCAGCAGUCAGUUUGAAAAGACCCGCAAAGUUUCUGGUCCCCGUGCACUUCAGCCCUCUCAAUGGGGUAUGCUGUGUACUUCGGAUACACCAGAAGGUGAAGCUUGUGGUUUGGUGAAGAACUUGGCGCUCAUGACACAUAUCACGACCAAUGUCGAGGAGGAACCCGUGAAACGAUGGGUCUUUACGCUGGAUGCCGGCGUUGAGCCCAUCAGAAACUUUUCCGGUGGCGAGAUGCAUCGCGAAGGGUCCUUCGUUAUCCACAUCAACGGAACACCAUUCGCCCUGACCAGAUACCCGAAGCGAUUUGCUGGCAAGUUCAGAACGAUGAGGAGGCGAGGCUGGAUCUCUCCUUUCGUUAGCAUCCACAUCAACAACCAUUUCAACGCAGUUCACAUCGCCACUGAUGAAGGACGUAUUUGCCGGCCGUAUAUUAUCGUCAAGAACGGUAAGCCCAAGCUGAAGGCAGAGCAUCUCAAGCUUCUUCAACUGGGCAAGGCGACAUUUGACGACUUCUUGACACACGGCAUUGUCGAAUAUCUCGAUGUAAACGAGGAGAACGACACGCUUGUUGCUCUCUACGAAACAGACGUUACCAUGACCACGACUCAUAUGGAAAUCGAGCCUUUUACGGUUCUUGGUGCCGUUGCCGGUCUUAUUCCCUUCCCUCACCACAACCAGUCCCCCAGAAACACAUAUCAAUGCGCCAUGGGUAAGCAAGCCAUUGGAGCUAUUGCAUAUAACCAGUUCAACCGCAUUGAUACCCUUCUGUACACCUUGGUCUACCCUCAAAGGCCCAUGGUCAUUUCCAAAACCAUCCAAUUGGUCAACUACGACAAGCUUCCCGCAGGACAGAAUGCGACUGUUAUUGUCAUGUCGUACUCUGGCUAUGAUAUUGAGGACGCGUUGGUGUUAAACAAGGCGUCUUGCGAUCGUGGUUUUGGACGCUGCCAGGUUUUCCGCAAGUACACCGCCGAGUUGCAGAAAUACCCCAACGGACGUCGCGAGCGAAUUGGAGACCCCGUUAAUGACGAGAAUGGUCGCACAAAGAAGCACGAGGCUCUCGAUGACGACGGUCUGGCGAUUGUCGGCUACAAGAUCAACUCGGGUGAGACCAUGAUCAAGAAAGAGACCCCUCUUGACACGGGAUCGACCGGCAUCGGGAUGGAUCGUGGUCCUAGCGAGUUCCGCGACUCGUCCAUCUCAUACAGAAUAGCUGACCCUGCGUACAUCGACAAGGUCAUGGUGUCUCAUACCGAAAGAGAGACGAUGGUUGUCAAGGUCCAAACCCGACAAACAAGACGGCCCGAGCUUGGUGACAAGUUCUCGUCUCGUCACGGGCAGAAGGGUGUCGUCGGUAUCAUUGUGGACCAGGAAGACCUGCCAUUCUCCGACACAGGUCUGGUUCCCGACAUUAUCAUGAACCCUCACGGUUUCCCCUCUCGAAUGACUGUCGGCAAGCUUCUCGAGUGCCUGACGGGCAAGGCGUCUGUGUUGGAUGGACGCAAGGACUAUGGUUUUGGUGACGCUUUCCGCUCCCACCCCUUGGAGCAGAUGAGUGCUGCAUUGGUGGAUCAUGGCUUCUCAUGGGAAGGCAAGGACUACUUCACCUCGGGUAUCACAGGAGAGCCGCUGGAGGCCUACAUUUUCAACGGUCCCAUCUACUACCAGCGUCUGAAGCACAUGGUGCAGGACAAGAUGCACUCGCGUUCGCGUGGUCCCAGAGCCAUCCUCACUCGCCAGCCUACAGAAGGUCGUUCCCGAGACGGUGGUCUUCGUCUGGGAGAGAUGGAGCGUGAUUGUUUGAUCGCGUACGGUGCUUCUCAGCUGCUUCUGGAACGUCUGAUGAUUAGUUCCGACGGAACCCAGCUCGACAUUUGCCAGCAGUGCGGCCUGUUCGGUUACAAGGGUUACUGCCACACCUGCAAGAGCACCAGGGAGGUGACACAAAUGACGAUGCCUUAUGCUGCGAAGCUUCUGGUUCAGGAGCUGAUCAGUAUGAACGUCGGUGUGCGGUUGCAGCUUGCGGACGAGUUCCCUCACCCGAGGUGA